AUGGAGUCGAACUUCGUUUUCUCAACUUACGUUGCGCUGGAACAAAACGAUACGACAGUUGAAUACAAUAACGUGGAAGAUCCAGAUGCAGUAACACUACUAUCUAUACUUCUUGUUGGUAUAUUUUUGUCGUUGUUAAUAUUUGUCAGCACCGCCGGAAAUAUACUAGUCUGUAUAGCAAUCUACACCGACAGAGGUCUCAGGCGCAUCGGGAACUUAUUCCUGGCAUCUUUAGCCAUCGCAGAUAUGUUAGUCGCUGCUGCCGUCAUGACCUUUGCUGGUGUCAACGAUUUAUUAGGGUACUGGGUUUUCGGUGAACAGUUUUGUGAUACUUGGGUGGCAUGUGACGUCAUGUGUUCAACUGCCUCUAUCUUAAAUUUAUGCGCCAUCUCAUUGGACAGAUACAUUCAUAUUAAAGAUCCUCUCAGAUAUGGGCGCUGGGUUACAAGGCGUGUUGCUAUUGUUACGAUAGCUUUAAUCUGGCUUUUAGCUGUACUUGUGAGUUUUCUGCCCAUAUCACUGGGACUCCACCGACCUCCAGAAGAAGCUGUAGCGACUGAGAGACCACCCCGAUAUCCAACUUGCGCAUUAGUAUUAACACCAACUUAUGCCGUCGUAUCAAGUUGUAUAUCAUUUAUUUUGCCGUGCAUCGUUAUGAUAAGCAUAUAUUGCAGGCUCUAUUGCUACGCCCAGAAACAUGUGAAGUCCAUUAGAGCUGUCACCCGCACAGUUCAGCUGCCGGAUAAUCGGACUAAGUCAAUCCGGACAAGGGUGCAAACCCAUGUUCAUUCAUCGCCCUACCACGUGUCUGAUCACAAAGCGGCCAUUACCGUCGGAAUCAUAAUGGGAGUGUUCUUAUUGUGUUGGGUGCCAUUUUUCUGUGUUAAUAUUGUGGCAGCGUUUUGUAAAACAUGUAUACCAGAUCUGGCAUUCAAAAUUUUAACGUGGCUAGGUUAUUCAAAUUCAGCGUUCAAUCCGAUUAUUUAUUCAAUUUUCAAUACGGAAUUUCGGGAGGCGUUCAAAAAAAUUCUAACUUCAAGGUAUCCACUUUGCUGUGGGUACGAGACAGUGAGAGCACAUACUCCAACACGUAACGACAACUUUGUUACUGAUUACGGAACGAAAACACUAGUAGUGCGGAGAAGUGGGUCUUUAGGAAUGUCGGCAGUAGAUCCUACGCCUCGGUCAUCGGCAGAAUCCGUUAGACCCUUAAAAGACUAUCAUAUUUGA